GAGGAUGGCGAGGAGGAUGCAGAUAGACUGUGGCUUUUAGCCUUUUACUAGCACUGACACUCCAGUCAGGCUACAACCAGCGUGGGAGAGAAAGACAAAGACAGACCACGCUAUCAAGCUAGCUGGCUAACCUCAGACCCUCGGCCCCCCUGCGUGACAGAGGACCACAAACCAGCCUUCCCCACCGGCCCGCUUCCACCACUCGGGCUCCGUUUGGUGGGCCCCCUCUCAUCUCCAGCCCUGUCCUCUCUUUUUCCUCACCAAGGUUGGUGGAGAGCGACUGCAGCAAGGGCUCCACACCGUUCCAGCUUCCCUGUCAUGGCAUCCAACAGCAUCUUUGACUCCUUCUCCAACUACAGCAGCAGUCUACUCAGAGAGCCGCCCACCACCAGACGGUUCACGCCGCCCUCCACGUCCUUCCCCUGCAGUAAGAUUGGAGACGGCAACGGGGCCAUGGCCACCCCGGGGCCCCUCAGGUCAAGACCGGACACCAGGAACGUGGUGGACGUCCUGGCGGAUCACGCCGGCGAGCUGGUCCGGACUGACAGCCCCAACUUCCUCUGCUCCGUCCUCCCGUCUCACUGGAGGUGCAACAAGACGCUACCCGUGGCUUUCAAGGUCGUGGCUCUCGGGGAUGUCCCCGACGGGACUCUGGUCACCGUGAUGGCCGGGAAUGACGAGAACUACUCGGCCGAGCUGAGGAACGCUUCUGCCGUGAUGAAGAACCAAGUGGCCCGCUUCAACGACCUGCGCUUCGUGGGCAGGAGCGGACGAGGAAAGAGCUUCACUCUGACCAUCACCGUGUUCACCGGACCGCCACAAGUGGCCACCUACCACCGCGCCAUCAAAGUCACCGUGGAUGGACCCCGAGAACCGCGCAGGCACAGAGUGAAGAUAGAAGACCCCCAGAAGAUGCAGUUCUCGGACAGGCUGUCAGAGAUCGAGCGCUACCAGCGGAAUAUGCGAAUAGGCCCAGUGAACAAUAAUCCCCGUCCCAUCCACCAAACCCACCUCAGCGCACAAGCCCUGUGGCAGGAUCAAAUGGACACCCCCGCUCUGAAGACAUGCAAGGUGGAGGAGGACCUCCGACCAUGGCCAGGGACUUCAGAUCUCUUUCAACAGAGGACCAGCUUCCCGUCUCUGUCGCCACUGACUGACCCUCGCUUCUCAGACCCCCGCAUGCACUACCCCGGGGCCUUCCCCUACUCUGCCAACACCUCUAGCACUGGCAUCAGUGGCCUCAGCAUGUCAGCCUCUUCUAGAUACCACACCUACCUGCCACCCCCCUACUCAAACAACCAGUCCCAGAAUUUCCAGUCCAACUCCUACCUGUAUUACGGCACAGGUUCUGGAUCUUACCAGUUCUCCAUGGUGGCGCCGGGAAACACCGGGGGCGAGCGCUCCCCCACCCGCCUGCUGUCCUGCUCGGGGGCCACGGGCACCGCAGGGACCAACAGCCUGAUGAACCCGGGCCUGAACACCCAGAGCGAGGGUGUGGAGGCCGACGGCAGCCACAGCAACUCCCCCACUGCAAUGAGCUCAGGCCGUUUGGAUGAGUCCGUCUGGAGGCCUUACUGACUGACAGACAGCUAGACAAUCAGAGGGUGUGGGAGAAGCAAGGCAGGAAAUGUAAAGAGGAUGAUGAACAAAAAAAGAUGAACACUGAAAGAAAAAAACAAAAAAAGAGAAAUGCUGCAUGUUUGUCUUUUUAUUUCUCCAGCACUCGCUUUAAAGAUUUUCUGCGUUUUACCAACUCUCUCAAGACUUCCAUGUAUUUUGUAAAUUUUGAGUAAACUCCUGCACUGUGCUAAAACAUGUACUCUUAAAGGACUAUAAAAGCCAUGUAAGUUGAGAUGACGUUCAGCUGAAACUGUAAAUAGACCUGGGGUAACACCAGAGAAGCCAUAGUGACCUUUCAGGAUCAUUUGUCUGGUGUAAGCAGGUACUCAUGAAAGACAAAAGACAAUGGCGGUCUGAUCAGUACAGUUGACUGAAAAACCACAGCAGACAUGUAUCAGACUGUUCGGACUGAUUCAACUCACUUGCUAUGGUGAGAAGAGCAGUCGGAAUGGAUGUUAGCUCCCUCGAGUGACUCCGACAUCCUCCCCAGGCAUGACUGCACUGCUGUAGCAAUCGUUCCUUUUAAGCUUUAAUUUCUGUAAAAUUUGCAAAGGUACUGUUUCAGUUGUGAUCUUCAGUUGUAUCCAGGGCUGUUUUAUGUGCUCACAGUACUGAUGCAGUCCCUUGUUGCCUAAUUUAUUAUCCAAUUGGACACAUUAGCCUUCGGUGCUACGGUAUGCAGUGGAUGCUUCAACACAAUCGCUGCAUCUUCGAGAGAAAAGCAUUUUAUCUGUCAGGACUCACAUGUUUAAGAAAUGAAUUCUCCUCUGCUGUGUCAUCAGUGUCGUGUUUCAACAGGACAAUGGCUGAUAUUUUGAGGGAUGUAAAAGACAACCUGUCCUAUUGGUUUCUUUUCCUGCACGAAUAUUUAAAUCCUGUUGUGUCUUCUCUUCAUCUUUUCCUUAAAUUUCUCAUUCAAACCUUUUUCUGGAAAAAAAAGUCCUAGUCUGGUAUUUUUGAACUGGAUGCCAGUUUACUUUUUCUAUUUAUUUGAGCCAAAUUGUGUGGAAAUGUGCGCAUAUACACAAAAUCCUUAAGCAUUUCUCUCUACCUUUCCAUACAUAUAUAUAUAUAUAUAUAUCUAUAUAUAUAUACAUACACACACAUACACACACACACAGUAUAUAUACCAUAUUUUGUUGUUAAGUAUAAAUUUGGAAUUUGUGUAAUAUAUUGCUACUAAAUUAUAAAAAACAAAACCUUUAAUGUAAUUAUUUUGUCUUCCAAUGUAGCUUUGAUGCACUAAAAACUUUUAUUCCUUAUGAACCACACCCAACAGAUUCUGUUAGUGAGACGGUGUAUCUAGGUGAAUCUUUUUCCAAAUUGCCUUUCUGCGCUAAAUAAGCCAGUCGCUUAAUUUUUGCACUAUGUUUGAACUUUCAUUUCUCCUUCUUGGUUAUGUAUUUAAAACUAUCUGAAACUCUGCCGAACUAAAUAUUAAAUAUUCCUUCACAUAUAUUUGAUGAACACACUUCGUGUGUCCUUUUAAAAAAUCCUUCAUCAAGUAAUCAAUGAUUUCAUGAUUAGACACACAGACACACACAGACACACACACACACACACAUUCCUGCACCACAGGUGUGUGUGCACAUUCCCUGUGUCCAGAGGGCCUUUCCCCUGCAGUUACACAUGUGAUCCCUCUAUCCCUGGAUGAGGAAGAGUGAGGAUGAAGGGGUAGAAGGAGGACGUGGGGUCAGAGUGGUAUCUUCUUACCAACACCAAGGGCAGUUAUGCACAAAAACCUUCCCUUGUUGUGCACAGGUCCCUUUGUUCUGUAUAAUCAGUGGGUGCUUUGUAGCCUUUAGGGUCCUGAUUGUGUCUUUUCUAGUCUAAUUUACUAAUCAUCAAUGCCUGCAAAGAUCACCUGGGUAUGAGCUGUGUAGAGGCAUUUACAGCAGGUACUAGAAAAGUCCUCCACACGAAGGAAGCAUGACUUUGAAAGAUGGGUAUUUAGUUGCCACAAAAGUGAAAUUUUAUUUCAUAGUGAAUUGUGAUCCAAAAACACUUGCAUUUGGAGCUCAGGUAAAAAUAAGUUAUGCAAGGUGUUUGGUAGAUCUCACAUAAUGAUCCUUUAGCUUUAAUCGUCUUUUUUAACCAAUCAGUAACAAUGCCUCGUUCAUAUCUCCCUUUGACUUAGAAGGAAAGCAUGUUCCCUGCUUUCUCCUCUGGAGCCUUUUUAUAGUAGAAGACCUUACUUUAUUAUGGGCAAAAAUCAUGCAGCUAGAGAAACCACAUGUGUACUUAUAUAUUUGUGUGGUUCCUUAAAAAUAAAACAACCAAAGAUCUUCACAACUGCCUGUAAUACUGUCAGGACGAUGGGAUGUGGCAAAUGGAUCAUGACUUGACUGAUCUCUAUUAUCAUUCUUUAUGCAAAACUAGGAAGCCAAAAUGUACACGUGAGUUGUAUUUUAUUGUAUAUUGGAAUUAAGAGCACAAUGUUACUUUUUGUUUUCUUUUAAAGAGAUGCCCCUUUUCCUUUUCAUAUACCAAAAUGUCAAUUUAUCUUCAUCUUUCAUUUCUUGCUCAAAGCAUGUACAUCUGAAACUGAUAUGUUAAUUUAAGAAUCUCAUCUAUGUCUGUAAUGAUAUUGUUAAUGCUUCCAUAUUGAGUGCUUGUAAAGUUUGCAGAUAAUGUAGUUUUUAAUCAUUUUAAUUAAAAAAAAAAAACAACAAAAAAAA